UUAUAUAUGCUUUGUUGGCCUUUCAGACGGUCCCUGUGGGUUGCACCACUGAAUAGUAGACAGUUUCAUUGCUCUGCCAGUGGAAAAGGGAGAGAGAAGAGGAGGAAAGGCAGUCGGUGCCUCUGGGAAGAAGUCAAUCAGUGGAGCUGUUUUGGCAGAGUUUGAGAAGAGAUGUACGGGCUGCUGUGUGAGAGCCUCCAUGACUUUAUCAAGGAGUCGUAUGGAGAUGAUGUGUGGAAACUGGUCCGGGAGAGGGCUGAUGUCAGGCUGCACUCGUUUGUCACUCAUCAGGUGUACAGUGAGAGUGUGAUUCCGCGCAUCGCAAAAGCAGCCAGCGGAGUGACAGGAACGCCUUACAAUGAGCUCAUGAACUCCUGGGGCGUCUACUUCCUUGGCUUUGUGGGGAAGUACGGAUAUGACAGGAUUUUGAAGGUGUUGGGUCGUCAUGUGCGUGACUUUGUGAAUGGCCUGGACAACCUUCAUGAGUACCUGCGCUUCAGCUACCCAAAGGUCCAGCCCCCAACCUUCUUCUGUCAGGAGGAGUCCGCUACUGGAGUCACUCUGCACUACAGGAGCAAGCGUAAGGGCUACCUGCACUACGCCAUGGGGCAACUGAGGCAGAUGGGGAAACAGUUCUACGACACAGAUAUUCAUGUGGAGGUGCUGUCGGAGCAGAUGGUUGGAGAUUAUUCGCAUGUCACUAUGAGGUUGAACUUUGACAACUCUGCCUAUCGCUACAUCAUGAAGGAAGAUGAGGAGGAGCAGGAGAUUUUACCAAUCACUUCAGAUUUUUUCUUUGAGGUCUUCCCCUUUAAUAUAGUCUUUAGACAGGACAUGGUGGUGCACAAUGUUGGCUCUGGACUGGCCACAGUCUUCCCUGAUCUGGAUGGGAAAAAGAUUAAUGAUGCAUUUUUGCUGGCUCGCCCCCUAGUGGAGUUUACAUGGAACAUGAUUAUCUCCCAUCCCAACAACUUGUUUGAAAUCAUGUCUAAGGAGCCGGUGAAGAGGGAGAGGAACCUGCACAACCGUGUCCAGAGUAAGAGGGGCAGCCAUGUAAACCCUCGCAUCGAUUCAGACUAUGAAAACGUAAACCGCUCAGCUGACGUCGAUGUGGAGCUCAUGGCUUUUCAGUCCAUCAUUGGGGAUGAUUACAAAGACGGUAACAGCGCUAAUGCGAUGGAGAGCUGGGGCGACGGCAGCCGCUGCCUCAAACUCAAAGGACAGAUGAGAUACAUGCCUGAAUGGGAGUCCAUCAUCUUUCUGGGAACGCCUGUGAUGGAGAGUCUGAGUGCCAUGUUCAAGACGGGUCUGUACAUCAAUGACCUGAGCAUGCACGACUCCAGCAGAGACCUGGUGCUGGCCGGAACUCAGCAGUCUGAAGAGCUGAAGAGAGCGCUUAUACAGGAGCAGAAGAAGUCCAGUAAGUUAGAGGAGAGCAUGAAGAUGUUGGACUAUGAGAUGAAGAAGACUGAUGACCUUCUAUAUCGGAUGAUUCCUAAACCAGUGGCCAAAAGGCUGCGCAAAGGAGAGCCUGCUGUCAACACAUGUGAGGUAUUCCCGGAUGUGACCAUUCUGUUCAGUGAUGUCGUUGGGUUCACUCGUAUUUGCAGCCACAUCACCCCCAUGCAGGUGGUCUCCAUGCUCAACACCAUGUACACACUGUUUGACACUCUCAGCGAGAAGCACAGGGUCUUCAAGGUAGAGACUAUUGGAGAUGCCUACAUGGUUGUUGCCGGUGCCCCAGAAAAGACCAAAUAUCACGCCCAUAACAUCUGUGACAUGGCUUUAGACAUGGUCCGCUCCAUUGACCACCUCAAAGACCCCUCUAAUGGGAACAACAUACAGAUUCGAGUUGGUAUCCACUCUGGGAUGGUAGUAGCGGGUGUGGUGGGCCAUAAGAUGCCCCGGUAUGGUCUUCAUGGUGACACAGUCCACACCGCAUCUGCUAUGGAGAGUAAUGGAAAGGAAAUGCAUAUCCAGUUGAGCAGUGCCACCUACGAGCACCUCAAAGGAAGCCACUUUAUUUUUGAGAGGAGAGGAAUCAUUACCAUCAAGGGUAACGUGGAGAUUGAGACAUACUGGUUGAAGGGGAAGCGGGACAAGGACGGUAAUGCUCAGGCAGCUUGUCCACAGUUUGAGACCCAGACCAUCAGUAAAGCCAUCAGCAAAGCCACUAUCUCCGACCCCGAGGCCACAGGGGACGAGGAGGGGCUGGUUUUCCCACUGGUGGCCGGGGAGGACGAGGAUGAUGUGAAGUCUAUUCGCUCUCAUCGCAUCAAGAUGGAGAUUUCAGGCAAUUGUCUAGAGGAGUCGAUGGAGGAGAGCCACGUGGAAGAAAUGUCCGUGCAUAAGUCCCACUUUAAGGAUGCGCUGCAGGACGGGCUGGAGGACCCCCACCUGGAGAUGGACUCCCCCAUGUCAGACGGACGGGACUCUCUGAUGCACUCACGGAGCAGCUCCUGUGACUCCCGUGGCUCAAAGAGUGCAAUGUGCUCUGUAUCUUGAACAAAGACCACACACUGUUACUGCUAUUUAAGCUCUAUUUGUGCCUC